AUGAACCCUUGGCUAUCCGAUUCCUCCUUGACUCCAAACAAUCAUGUUGGUUUUGGAGCUCCGGUGGAUGCUGGCAUGUCUUUCCUACAACCUCCCCAGGCUAUAAAUGCCGCCCAAUUUCAGAAUCCUGCCUUCCUCAAUGGCGCCGGCCGCACUGCGUCACCCGCCUUUCACAAUCCUGUAUAUCAGACAAACCCCGUCAUACCCUCCAAAAGAGCAAGAGACGACAGCCUAGCCACGUCUCCACGGCAAGCCCCGGGAGGAAUUCCUGGUUCAAGAUCCCAGACUCCUGGACAAGGUCCCUUUCCAGGCUACAAUCCACAAGCCAAUGGCGCGCCUCCAAUGUCCAAUGCUCCCACUCCCUUUCAGCAUCUCCAAGCAACGUCCAAUGCGACACCAUCGCCAACCAUAUCUCAAUUAAAUCAAUUUAGCCAGAACCCCGGUAGCCAACGCGUUGCGACCGCCUCACCGAGCCCAUUCUCUCCACAGCACGGACCUCCUCACGCCUCACCAGCUCCCGACCAUGGAAAUCGCGUGGGAAUACCACACGAUAACCCACAGAACUUCAUGCCCAACGGGGCGUUUGCCCCUGGUUUCAAUCAACCACAAUUUGGCCAGAAUAUGAAUAAUGGUAUGCCGCAAAUGGGCAUGAGCCCUCAGCCGAACAUGGCCCAUCAACAACCUGGCAUGACCAAUGCUCAAAGGAAUUAUCAGAUGCAGUUGCAAGCUCAGGCGCGACAGAUGCAGGCUCAGGCGCAAGCCCGUAUGAAUGGUAUGGGAGGCAACGCGCCUCCAGGCCCCAACCCUCAGAUGCCCCCAGGACACCCAGGAGCCUUGAAUCAACCCCGAGUUAAUAACCCAGAAGAGUUUCUCCGCGGCCUGCAAGCUUUUAUGGCGGCUCGAGGUCGAUCUGUAGAAUUGAAUCCCAUGAUCUGUGGUCGGCAGCUACAAUUGCUGCGUCUCUAUGCGGCCGUUGUUAAGAGCGGCGGAUCUCAGAGACUUACUAAAAUGAAUCAAUGGCCUGUUCUUGCCCAACAGUUUGGGUUCCAAGGCCCACAGCAACUGCAAGCAGGACAGGAGCUGGCAACAUACUGGAUGAAUAACCUUGCUCCCUACGAGGCAGCUUGGCAGAUGAAUCAACAAAAACAAAGGAUUGCUGCACAGGCAGCGAUGCAGACUCAAAACCAGUCUCAAAUGUCCCCCACACGAGACAUUCAUCCACCUCAAGAUCCUACCCAUCAGAAAACCCCAUCCUUAAAUGGCCAGCCAGUACCACCCAUGCAUCAAGCAAAUGCUCAUAGCUUUGCCCCACCAGCUAAUCACCAGCAACAACAGGAACCCCCUGCUACACCUCAACGUCGUCAAAGUAUGUCUAGACAGUUUGACCCGCAGCAGUUGAAUGCAAUACAGGCCCACGCACAAAGUCAGACACCUCAAAAACGCCCUCAGACCAGCAGCACAAAGACCCUUGAACCAGAGCCUGACCCGAACAAACCCUUGUCGAGGCCUAUCCAAGACCCAUUCAAGCCCGCCAUAUUACCGGUAAGCAGAUCUCAUGGCCCGGUCAUUGUGGACGAGGCCUUUGUCGUUGGACAACAUAUCGUUGAAAUCAAGCCAGUUGCUCCGACUGUACGAGAGCUUGGCGUCAUCGACAUCCAUGCUUUGACCAUGGCUAUCAAAUCUGGUUUGCAUGCUGAAACAAGAGUCGCUCUAGAUACUCUUGUCUCGCUUUCUACAGAGUCUGCAUUUCAAUUAUCGCUGGGCGACUGUGAUGAUCUGAUGGAUGCCUUGCUCGAUUGCGCACAAGAUCAAGUCAGCUAUCUCGGUGAACAUGCUACUGAAGUGUCGGAUGAGAUGUGCCUCUUGUCUUAUGAGGAACUCGUUCGGCAGUGCCGCAUGGAUACAGAGAGGUUGCAGGAUCCUCCGCAAUUUGGAACGGUGCUCUAUGAUCUUGAACGGGCAGCGGAUCGGUUGAUAUGCAUCACCACUCUCAUCCGAAACUUCUCCUUCUAUGAAGCGAACUUUGGAGUCCUUGGCCAGUCGGAAGUUCUGAAGCUACUAAGUGCUAUUAUCCGGUACAUGGGCACCACAGAGGCAUUUCUGCGCAAUCAUAGGAAUACUCUGGACUUCGUCAAGGACGUUGUUAUCUACCUCAGCAAUUUGUCCACCUCUCUUCAGUUACCAGGGAAGGAAGAGGCACUUUGUAUUCUCCACUUUCUUCUGGUCUUUGCUCCAACACCUGCGCCAACAUCAAGUCUGAGCUCAAAGGUGUCUUUCACGACGUACACCCCAUCACUGCAUAAAUACAUGCCUUCUGCUGUGGACAGUCUUGCUAAAUUAUUGGCUCGCGAUGAACCGAACCGGACGUACUACAAAGCCAUUUUUUCCGCCGAUUCUCAGUCUGCACCACCAUAUGAGCUGCUGACGAGAACAUUUGCAUUAGCCAUCUCUCCAAUUCCUGCAAGCUCGAAUCACACGAGGACCAUCAUUGAAGCCCGGAAGCCUUUCCUCCUGCAGGGCAUGUUAGCUGCGGAGAUCCUGGCCGGUCUCGCUCCGGGCUCUGACCACGCACUGGCACAAUCAUGGUUGGAGUCGGAUGAUGGUUUCGCCGGCAAUUUGCUACGCUUAGUAACCUUACUGAGCGCUGAUCGAACUACUCAAACGGUCCAAAGGCAUUCUACGCAGCAAAAUAAUCGGGCCAAUGCUGAACAGGACGUCAAUGGUUAUGGUGCUAUAACCAACCGAGCAAUGGCGGUUCUGAAAACGCUUGUGCAGAAGUCGAGGACGAUUGACGAAAAUGGUUCCACUGUUAUUCCUAUUGGCAUCAUGCCCAAGAAAGAGAUCUUACUGGGAGCCAUGAUUCAGAAAGAGAUUGAUCCUGGCAUUCUGCGUCAGCUUUGUGUAUAUGCUGGACUAGAAGAGUGA